ACCGGUUGGGCUAAUUCACAUUCUUUAUAAUCCUUUUGAUUGCUGUCUUGACGACUCUGUUCUUCUUGUCUCUUUCAAACCCACCUCUGCAGGUUCAAUUGAACUUUAUCGUUGCAGUUGGAUAGCGAAAAGAAACCAUCAGGAUUCGCAUUCACUAGGUCGUGAUCAGAGAGCAAUUUGAAUCUUAUAGCAUAUCAAUAUGUCACCUUCAAUCAGCGCACCUGUCGCUGGUCCUAUGCAGUAUGGACCAUUUGAGCCAUCAGCAUCGAGCAGCCACAGGGGUCAAUCUGAUUGUAGAAUCCACAAACAUCACCGGAAGACUUCCACCGGUGGUGGCCGGGCAUGGACGGAGGAAGAGGAAGCCUACCUACUGCGAACCCGUCUUCACAAGAUGCCGUACAAGCAUAUAGCAACUCAUCUGAAGAAGACAGAACUGGCUUGUCGACUCCACUACCACCAGAUGUCUUAUGGCAGCAACCGUCGCAAGCGAACAGACUCUGUGUCUUCUACCGGCUCUUAUUCUUCUUAUGUCGGCCCACGAGACGAGAUCUUGGAGAACGCAACUUAUACGCGUCUAUCUCCCGUCCCGUCUCCUCCCUCCAGUCCUGAGUAUGGCCCAGGAAAGAGCCUCAUCUGCGAAUCGAAUUGCCAACAAUCUCGGGCACAUGUGCCAAUUCUUCCCAAACCUGACUCCUCCGCUGUACGAUCUUUCCAAUCGACGCCAGCGGAUAUGCUGAAGUCACUGCGUCUCGAUACCUCAUUUACGACGACUCAGCCGUACAGACAUCAGAUGCAGUCAACACAGGUCAACCCUGUGCGUCUUCGGGCUAUCUAUGAUGCCCAUCGUGAUUCAUUCUGGUCUUUGAUCGCCUCAGAGUACUCCCAGGGCGUCUCUUUCUCCCCUCGUCAACUUGAGGAAGCGUUCUUCAAUACGACACUGCCUCCUACAACAAUCCGUGCUCCAUCUCCCCCAACUCCGGGGUCGAGCCCUCGUGACACUGCAUCAGCUAUCUACCAUCCUCUCAACCAAUCUAUCUUUCACGCAGCGGGAAGCCGAGGAUUCCAGGCAGUCAAUGGCAGCUCCCAGGCGCCAACACGUACUGCGAGUCCCGCCGUGAGCACCCCUAGUUCCGUCGAGCGGUGUGCAGUCUCUGCGUUGUUGACUGUGGAAAAAGAAGUCAGACCGUCAAGGGACACUUGCCUGGAAACGAAUGCUUGAUUAUUUCCAGACAUCCUGUUCCUUAUGAGAUAUUGAGUCUGAAAUGUUCUAGGCAGGAGGUUUGCUGUGCAGACUUUUCCAUUACGACCUUGGAUUUUUAUGAAGGUGCUUUCAUGACAUGCAAAU